UUGAUUAGCAAAAUCAAUUGAAUAUUCAAUACGCGGUGACGGUUGCUGCUAUUACUUAGCCUAACUAUAAAAAACUGUUUUCUUGUUAAUUUUAUCUCAUAGGAUAUACUCACUUAAACAGUACGAAAAUAAUUAAGUUCCACACGGAUGCGAUUUACGAAUGGUAUUGAGAAUGAAAAUCGUGGAAUGACUUUCACCGGAUACAUCGAUAAUUUGAUUAUAUGAAACAAAGGCCACUCGACACUAUUAUCCCAUCCGUGAUUACGUUGCGCCGGGAGCAGCCAGCUCGGGUUAGUCGCCGCGGGGACUCCAAAGCGGUAAAUACGGAGUCGCAAAUUCUGCUCCAAAUAAUUUAUUGUCACGAUUUCGAUUUGAAGAUGGUGCAGCAAGAUUUAACUUAGGUGCACAGCCUAUGGGGGGAAUGGCUCGCUGGAGCUCAUUGGUGUGAGUUCUGAGUGAGAUAGGUGACUGGGUUAGUGUAGUGUUGUGAAGUGUCUAGUCAUUAGUGAGUGAGGCCCAGGCCGGAAUGCCCUCCGUGAUGUUGUCUGCAGUGCUUGAAGAGGAGGCUGAUUUGUAUGAAGCUUUUCCUCCUCAUGUUGACCCAUCAGGGAUCACAAUUUUAACUGAUAGUCCUCCAGGCAAGAAAGCACCCCUCAAGACAUACGAAGAGAUCCAACCGCUCAUCCAACAGAGCCGCAAACGAGACCUCAAGCUCAUCAUUAGAGAGAACUCCUGGCCCAUCAAUAGCCCUAUCCGGGCCUCACUCUGGCCAGCCCUCUGCCGACAACAUCAACAUGGCAAAUCCAUGCUCGACGGCUUUUAUUGGGAUAUGGUUACGCAGGUGUUCGGAACCGUGGAGCUCCCAGACAAGCCGAUCAUGUUGCCGCCUUUUGUGGAGGCGACACACUGUCUCGGCUACCACUUGACUCGCAAAGGCAGAGCGGUCGCUGAUCGCGUGGUAUCUGUCCUUGGCUACGCCUGCCCCGACAUCACCUACAGCCCCAGCCUUUACCCCAUCACCGCAGCACUGUUACACUUUAUGCCUGAGGAAGAAUGCUACCACUGCAUGGCGAGUUUGGUCGCAUCGAAGGAGAAGAUGUUCAUCACUCAGACGAAACUGCUGAAUGAGGUCACAUGGAAAACUGUCAUGCAAAUCGCUAAGAAACAUGCCAAGUCGGCCGCGCAACAUCUCUUGAGGCUGUCGGGCGCCAUCGGGCCGGAAAGGAUCUAUGCAGACUGGCAGUGGUGGAUACUGGCAGCACUGCCUUUUCCUCAUCUCGUCAGAGUGCUGGAUUGCUUCUUCCAUGAGGGGCUGAAGGUGUUCUAUAGAGUGGCACUAGCGAUCUUGAUACUCUUCCACAAACACAGCACCAAUCAGAAUUCGGAAUGGUAUGCUGAAGCGACGAAGAAUGGCGUAGACCACGCCAUCGAUAAAUUUUGUAGGAACAUGCCAGCCUCUCCUACCAAGCUUUUACGUACUGCUUUUAGUAUUAGAGCGCUCAGUUCGCAGUACAUAUCUAGGGUGUUCAUCAAGACGGAAAUGACGCUCAAGUCGAAGCAGGUCAUCACGGGAAAUCGGCUUGUCCGGUCACGGUCGUCGGAUAAUCUUCCCACCAGCCAAUCACAGGUCAAUAUCCAGAUGAUGUCGCACACUCUAACUAUACGCGAGAGUCCAAGGUCCUCUCACCUGGCCCUGUGGUUCCCAUUCCCUAAUGCGGUGUUCAGCGAUCAGCAGCAGCAUUCUUCAGACCUCAGACAGAAGCUGUUCACACUGUGGUCAUGGCUGCCUGUCCGUAUAACGAUGUACCAGCCUGUGCUGUUAUACACCACUGAGGAGCAUGGAUGUUCACUGACCACUUUCUAUGUGAGGGUUGAACAUCACGAACCAACACUGCUGAUGAUCAAGACAUGUAACAACGAGGUAUUUGGUGCGUACUGCUCGACAAGAUGGUUCGAGAGGAAUCAGAAGGACGAAAGAGGAAACAGACAGGCCUACUUUGGAACUGGCGAGACUUUCCUAUUCAGCCUUUACCCUGAGCGCGCAAAAUACCCAUGGGUUGGGUGUUCGGCCGGAGAUGGCAAAGAAGACCAACGAGUAGCUCACGGCUCCGAACUUUUUAUGGCGGCAGACUCCAAAAUGAUCACCAUAGGCGGAGGAGACGGUCAAGCUAUAUGGAUGGAUGAAAACAUCCGAUACGGCAAGACGGAUCGCUGCUCUACCUUCAACAACCCUCCCCUCUGUCCCUCGGGAGACUUCGAGAUCCGCGUCUUGGAGGUGUACGGCUUUGCGGGCGCGUAAGGACGACGGUCCUGAAGGAGUAAUGUAAUCUCGAUUGUUCAUUGAGUUAGUGUUUGUAAAUUCGAUGUACUUUGGGGCCGUUCAUAAAAUACGUCACACUGAAAUCAGCUUUUUUUGACCCCCUCCCCCCCAUUGUCACGCUGCGUCACACUCUUUGUGACCCCCCCUAGAAAUAUUUCGUCACAAAAACUAAGACCCCCCCCCCCCCCCCCUACUGAGUAUGAUAAAUUCUAGAGAAAUAGUAUUUUCAUUUGUUACUGAAUCGAGAGCGCAGGGUACGUGGAAACAUUACUCUCUCAAGUAUUGGAAAAACAAAGAAACCCGUUGUGAGCGCUCAUGUCAUGUAAUAAACGGCGAACGUCACGCUGCCCUAUACCCCCCCCCCCUCCUCCCCUUGUCACAUCUUGUCACACUCGGCCAAACCCCUCCCCCCCCUUGUAUGCGAACGUAGUUUAUGAACGGCCCCUUUUUGGCAAUGCCGGUCGAGGUCGUCAAUAGAUUUAAUGAUUUCACUUUGAGCGUCGUUUCUGUAUUGGAUCGGCCCGAUUUGCGAUUUAUUGAUCACCCCUUGCCGCCUAACAGACUGUGUAGAUGUAUUCCUAUUUAUUGUACCCCGUAGUUAUCGUAACACAGCUGUCCGAACAAGACAACGAAACGGGGACUCUAGGUUGUUUCUUUAGACGUAUGUAAGUACAAAAUGGAUGUAUCGUACCUACUCGGAUGUAUUACGCUUAUUGUAAAGCAAUAUUUGUUGGGCCUAGUCGUGGGAUUGUGAACUGUGAACAUUCCAGUGAUAAUAAGGUCCACUAAAGCAUAUUAACGCGUGGUUUAAUUGGCAACGACAGUAUUUAAUGAAUUAUCGCUUAAGGCUUUUUAGGCGUGACUCUUUGCUCACAAAACGUACCAAAGAUGUUUAUUGUUGUCUGUUAGCGAAUGUUUUUGAGACAAAAUUUCUAACGUUGAUUCACGCACAAAUCACUAUAUUUGGUCAAACAUAUCGUUGAUGCUCGUAGAUUUUAUCAAUAUAUUAUAAUGGUAUAAGUAUAAGCAUUCGCUUAACAGACUCGGGACUGCUGUAAAAGAAAUGCGAUUUGAUAAGUAUUACGGUUUCUGGUUAAAUCAACUUUACAGUAGUUCUUUAUAACAGUUCCAAAUUCAUUGAGAGUAUUAUUGGGUCUGUGUUGGUGAGAAAAGUGCCAAAAACGGACCAUCAGAUAAUGUGGCUGGUUUGGUAUUGUCUCUAUUCGCACGUUUUACACGAGCAGUGUAAUAUUAAAUUUUGACAUAAUUAGCUGAGUGUAUUUUCGUCGAAGAAAGAAAUUUUUCCAGUUUUAUAAUAUUACUUAAUGUAAUUAAAAUGUUUAGAGGACAAAUAUAAAUUCUAUUACAUAUCCCUGUCAGUACAAAGGGGUUGCGUUCAUAUGGCCCGCGGCUUGUCUACGAAUCUGUAAAUAUUGUUUCUUAUUAUUUUUUUUAUUUAUUAUGAUCUAUAAAAUGGCAGUCGUAAUAAAGACGGUAGGGUAGGAAAGCCGGGUGUUGCCAUGCCUCGGUCAUGUUUGAAGCCUAAGACUUGUUUUUAAAUUCAGAUUAUUUAUGUAACUUAUUGUAGGUAACGCGUAAUGAUUAAUGUAUAUUAAUUUCUGCCUUUGCGAAACGUGAUCGGUCACAGUUCGCGUCUGGGAAAUUAUUGUUUCGCUCAAUUGUUUGAGUUUACGGCGACAUUGUUUGCCGCAGAGGCGCGGUUUAUUGCUGUUAGCUAUUUGUCGUUAAUCAGUGUAAAGUCUAGUCUUUAUCCUGUUUUUAUUCUAUAUCGAUAUGUCUAUUUACGAAUUGAUAUUUAAAAUUGUGCGUUUUGCUCCGUUCGGGAGGCUCGUAGGCUCGUGGUUAGUUAGAUUAAGUACAUGUAAAGUAUAAAGUUAUUCGUUCUCCCUUUCAGUAUUGUGAUGUUGAAUGUUCGAGUUGAGUGAAUGUUAGUGCGCUGUUACGAAUUACGUACUGUUACAUUCGAAUAGUUUAUACUCCGCUAAAUGGCGACGGUAGAACUCGUUUAUUGUAAUGUGAAUGUUGCUUUAUGUCUACAAAAUAUAUAAUCCCAUACAUA